UUUGCUUUUGUUUUUGUUUUGUUUUGCUUAAUAUUCUAUAUAGCAAACGUUUAAAGAAAUCCAUGGAUAAUUUCAAGGACGCAGUAUUUUCCAAUUAUAUGGCGAACCAAACUGGCGUCUCCGAUGGCAAAGAGAUUCAGCAGUCCGGGGGCACUAAUUUGUUGAUCAACUAUUUGCCAAGCGACAUGCAGGAGAAUGAGCUCCACCAGCUGUUCAAUAGCUUUGGCCUACUGCGGCAGGUGAAGAUCAUACGCGACCCGGAGACAGGAGCCAGCCACUGCUACGGCUUUGUCAACUACAUCAACUCCAUAAGUGCCAACAAGGCUCUGGACUCGAUGAACGGCUGCCCAGUGCGCGGCAAGAAGCUGAAGGUCUCGAUGGCUCGUCCCUCCUCGGAAGAUACUAAGAAAACCAAUAUCUAUGUGGGCAAUUUGCCACUGAGCUACGAUGCGGCGCAGGUGCGCGAGAUAUUUGAGCGCUUUGGCAAGAUAGUUGAUUUGAACCUACUCAAGGAUCGGUACACCAACCAGUCGCGGGGCACUGCCUUUGUGCGCUACGAGAUGAGGGCCUCGGUCGAAAAGGCUAUAUURGCYCUGAAUGACUUUGUUGUGGAGCGUGGCCAUCCACCGCUGCACGUCAGAUUGGUCAAGCGCCCCAAGGAGUGGGCAGCGUCCAAGGGCWUGAAUCGGGWGCCCGWCGAGCCAUCGGAGCCCUCGACUGAUACUCACGURRACUCSCCGAARGACAAGAUCAAACCAUCCAUGGAUUCGAAACGUUUCGUUUUUGGCGAUAUGGACAAGUCAACGGCUGAUUCAACGGCAGCUUCCUCAUCGAAGCCCAUGUCAUCUCUCAGCUACAAAUACUUAACGAACAUCAACUCCAACAAGGGUCUUGACGCCUGUCUGCGUGUGCCACAGCAAGUACAGCUCGUUGGGCUUCUCGUCCGGCAGAGAAAUACUGUGCGAGAAUUUGGUCAGCUCAAAGUGAAUCAGCAUCCGGAUGCCAUAGGUAAUGUGUUUGAUGUGGUCGAAGUCCUUGAUAUUCAUUGCCGAUAG